AUGCGUGCUGCUCAGAAGCAUCCCACAGCUAUUACAUUGGAACCGUUGUUGAAGUUCACCCAGAAACAUAUGUGUCAAACUCCGCCCGAGAAACUCCUCCAUUUGUGUGAUCAAAAUCGUGGUCCCAGCCUACUUUCCAGAAUCGUGCAUGAUACGACACCCGUCCUUGCUGGGAAAUCCCUUGACAAAAUGAACCGGACAAUGCUUCGGCAGCUACUACCUAUAAUUGACGACAUGGGCAACUACGAUUCUAUUGAUUUGCACGCAUGGCUUCGGCAUGUCAUUACAGUUGUUAGUACAAAUGCUACAUACGGCAAUUCGAACCCAUUCCAAAGUCGACACAUUGAAGACACAUUCUGGGAACUCGAGCGGAAUGUGGCGCUACUACUAGCCAACAUUGUGCCAUGGUUAAUUGCCCGCAAAACCUGGAAGGCACGCAAGCGUUUGUGUGCUGCGUUCAAAGAUUAUUUCGAUCUCGCAGGUUAUGAAGACGGCUCCGACCUCCUAACUAUGCGGUACAGAUCAUUCCUCGAGGUUGGACUUACUCACGAAGAAAUAGCGUAUGCGGAGGUGCCCCUGAUUGUAGGGUUACUGACAAAUACCGUUCCUGCUGCAUUCUGGGUUCAUUUUGAGCUUUUCUCAAGACCGAAGCUGCUUGAGGAGAUACGGGGAGAGGUAGAGCAAAAUGCCCUCAAUGUUGCUCCCGACGGUACGCACAUCAUUGAUUUUGGGUACCUUCGCGAUUAUUGUCCACUUCUUCUCUCAAUGUACCAGGAGGUUCUACGGAUGAGGACAACGAUGGUAACGAUCCGCUUCGUGACACAGGAUGUUGUUUUGGCGGACAAUUACUUUCUUAGAUCCGGAACCAUGCUCUUCAUGCCGGCGAAGCAAUUAGGCCGACAUCAGAGUGCUUGGGGAACUUCGGCGGAUGAGUUCGACGGGCGAAGAUUUCUGAGAUCCACUACGACAAUCGAUGAUAAUGGCCACAAGAAAAAGGAUCCCCGGCGUACUGGCGGGUUCAUGGCAUUCGGUGUUUCACCGACAAUUUGUCCUGGGCGCCACCUUUCUACUAGUGAGAUCUUGCCUCUAGUCGCCAUGAUCGCCUUGCGAUAUGACAUUGCCCCAGUCGAUCGGCUCUGGCGUGCACCACCGAGGAUGAACUCGGCGACCACAUCAAAUAUGGGCCCAGUGGAUGGAAGAUUCCCCGUGACCGUGAGUAAACGACAAAAGUAUGAAGAGAAGCUGUGGAAGUUCAAGAUCACUGAAGGCACGCGGCAAUUUGGUUUGGCUGUGGGUUAA